UUUCCCCUCCCUCUCUUUUCCGCGCCCAGGCCAGAGCAGCCGAUUGGCAGAGCGCAGCUUUCAGGAACAAUAACAGUGGGGGGACCCCCGGCCCGGGGAGCCGCCCCCCGCCCCCGGCCCGGCCGCGCGGCUCGCGCCCCCGCCGCCGGGUCCCCACCUCCGCGCCGCCGGGCCCGCCCCGCGCCCACCAUGUACGCCUUUGUGCGGUUCCUGGAGGACAACGUCUGCUACGCGCUGCCCGUGUCGUGCGUGCGCGACUUCAGCCCCCGCUCGCGUCUGGAUUUUGACAACCAGAAGGUGUACGCGGUGUACCGGGGCCCCGAGGAGCUGGGCACCGGGCCCGAGAGCCCCCCGCGCGCCUCUCGCGACUGGGGUGCGCUGCUGCUGCACAAGGCCCAGAUCCUGGCGCUGGCAGAAGACAAAUCUGACCUUGAAAACAGUGUGAUGCAGAAGAAAAUAAAAAUCCCCAAACUUUCUCUCAAUCACAUAGAAGAAGAUGGGGAGGUUAAAGAUUACGGGGAAGAAGAUUUACAGCUUAGACACAUCAAGAGACCCGAGGGGCGGAAGCCAAGCGACGCGGCACACAAGAGCAUUGAGGCCGUGGUGGCCCGGCUGGAGAAGCAGAACGGCCUGAGCCUGGGCCACAGCACGUGCCCAGAGGAGGUCUUCGUGGAGGCCUCCCCGGGCACGGAGGACAUGGACAGCCUGGAGGACGCCGCCGUGCCCCGGGCUCUGUAUGAGGAGCUGCUGCGCAACUACCAGCAGCAGCAGGAGGAGAUGCGCCACGUGCAGCAGGAGCUGGAGCGGACUCGCAGGCAGCUGGUGCAGCAGGCCAAGAAGCUCAAGGAGUACGGGGCGCUCGUGUCCGAAAUGAAGGAGCUCCGCGACCUCAACCGCAGGCUCCAGGACGUGCUGCUCCUGAGGCUCGGCAGCGGUCCUGCCAUUGACUUGGAAAAAGUAAAGUCAGAAUGUCUCGAGCCCGAGCCGGAGUUACGGAGCACUUUCAGUGAGGAAGCAAAUACGUCGUCCUAUUACCCCGCUCCUGCACCUGUCAUGGACAAGUAUAUCCUAGACAAUGGCAAGGUCCAUCUGGGAAGUGGGAUCUGGGUUGACGAGGAGAAAUGGCACCAGCUACAAGUAACCCAGGGAGAUUCCAAGUACACGAAGAACUUGGCAGUCAUGAUUUGGGGAACAGAUGUUCUGAAGAACAGAAGCGUCACAGGAGUUGCCACAAAAAAAAAGAAAGAUGCCGUCCCUAAGCCGCCCCUCUCGCCUCACAAAUUAAGCAUCGUCCGAGAGUGUUUAUACGACAGAAUAGCACAAGAGACUGUGGACGAAACAGAAAUUGCACAGAGACUCUCCAAAGUCAACAAGUACAUCUGUGAGAAGAUCAUGGAUAUCAAUAAAUCCUGUAAAAAUGAAGAGCGAAGGGAAGCAAAAUACAAUUUGCAAUAAACUUUGGAUUUUUUCAUAAAGCCUUCUCGUUUUCCUUGUGCGGCGUGUGAUUUGCGGGCCAAGGUGCCGUCCGGAUCAGACCCGCAGCGCCGGUGGCGCAUGGCAGGGAGCCAGUGGGGUUCCGGGGUCGCGGCUUGUGCUGAACUUGGACCUCCCACUUCAAAGAAGGCAGAUGGAUGUGCUGAGCCUCGGGCUUGCCCGGCCCCGGUGUUGUUCCGGGGAUGGGAAAAUGUCCUUUCGGCGGGGGAUGGAGUGUCUCUGACCUGCCUGUCACUUGACCCAGAAUUCAAACUGAUAUUUUUACCAUUCAAGGACUUUUAUCUCUGUUUCUCUAUUUUGUUCUAUAAUAAAGCUCAUUAAUUCUUUGAUGUA